AUGUGCACCUUUUGUCCCGUGCCGACCCAGCAAGAAUAUCCCCGUACAGUCAACCUUCGCAAAAGCCUAGACGAGCAUCCCUUGCCCGUGAUCGCGCCCGGAACCGUCGACGCCGCUUCCCUGACCGGCGAAGAGCCCGCCCAGCGCGCGUCCCUCGUGCUGGCCCAGCUCAACGCCGCCCUGACCGCCCAGGAUGCCGCCGCCGUGGAACGCUGCUUCUUCCCCGAGCAGGCGUACUGGAAGGAUAACCUCGCGUUGACGUAUCAUCUGCGCACCUUCAUCACACCGCGUGUCGUUGCCGCGGGUCUCUUGGAGACGGCCAAGCUCCGCGGUGUUUCUGGCCAUCUCACACUUGAGGGUGCCGUGUUCAUCCCGGCUACACCUGCUUUGCAAUUCAUCGACUGUGCCUUGUCCUUCCGAACAAGCUCACCCGCCGCUACCUGUAGUGGGCGACUGAUCCUCCUGCCCGUCAAGGGUAGUAGUGACGAAGACCUGCAAUGGAAGAUCUGGGUUCUGAGCACCAAGUUGGAGAAUCUGGACCUGCAGGCAGAGGAUGAAAGCCUACUACAGGCUCCGAGAAGACACCUCGACGGCCUGGAGACCUUUGAAACAGACGUCUUCGUCAUCGGCGCCGGAAAUGCUGCCAUUACCCUGGCCGCUCGGCUCAAGGCCCUCGGCGUCGACAGCGUCAUGGCCGAACGGAAUCGUCAUGUAGGAGACAACUGGGCCCUCCGUUACGACUCGCUAAAGUUCCACGUCGUCACCUCGUUCUGCGAGCUGCCUUAUCUGCAGUAUCCCAAAGAAGUUCACAGCCCCCACCUCCUGUCAAGAGACGACCUUGCCGAGCAAGUCCGAAGAUACGUGACAGCUCUGAACCUCAACGUCAUCACCUCUGCCAACAUCCAGUCGACCGUUUAUGACCCUUCGACGAAACGGUGGACCGUCAAGUUCCAGACACCAGAGGGGGGCCGUACCGCCGUUGCGAAACAUCUCGUCCAAGCGUCUGGCGUGUCGUCGCAGAAGAAAUACCUCCCUAAGAUGGCGGAUGAGCACCUGUACAAGGGGACCAGUUUCCACUCGGAGCUGUACAAGAACGCCAAUGAGCUGAAAGAAAGAGGGAUAAAGUCCGUCCUGAUCGUCGGCUCGGCCAACACCGCCUUCGACGUCCUCCAAGACUGCCACGCCGCAGGCCUCGCAUCCACCAUAGUCGUCCGCUCCCCCACCUACAUCGUGCCCCAGUCCUACGUAACCGACCAACGCGGCCUGGGCAUCUACGACAUCCUCCCCGCGGACCAAGCCGACAGGAUGUUCCUCACGCUCCCCACCUUCAUCGACGCCGCCUUCGCCCGCGACAUGCUGGCGGCGUGGGCCUCCGCCGAGCCGACGCGCUACGACGCCCUCGCCGCCGCCGGCUUCCCCGUGCUCGACAGCCGCGACAAGGACUGCGUGCUCAUGGAGAACCUGAUCGGCCGCUCGGGGGGCCACUACGUCGACGUCGGCGGCGCCAAGCUCAUCGAGGAUGGGGAAGUGGGCAUCAAGGCUCUGGUGGAGCCUGUCGCCUUCACGGAGACGGGGUUGCGUUUCUCCGAUGGGACCACGGCCGACGCGGAUGCCGUCAUCUGGUGCACGGGGUACGCGGAUCGGAAUCUACGCGACGUGGCUGCCGAGAUUCUCGGCGGCGGCGGCGGCAGCGAUGUGUCCGACUCGGACAAUGUCGGCGGGGACGCCGGGAAGGGCGAGGGUGUACUCGGUCCCCGGGAGAUCGCCGCUCGUAUCGACGCCACUUGGGGCGUUGACGCCGAGGGCGAGAUCCGCGGCAUGUGGAAGAGGCACCUGCACAUGGAGAACUAUUGGGUCAUGGGCGGGUAUUCGCAGCAGCACCGGUGGCAUUCGCGGACUUUGGCCCUGCAGAUCAAGGCUGCGCUCGAGGGGGUUUUGCCGCCAGCAUACCGCAAGACGCCGGCAGUAUGA